UUUCAAAUUGGUAAAAGAGCAUUGAUACCAAUUUGCAGAGAUAAUUUUUUUAGUUUAAGGAGGUGGUCGUUGUAGAGUCGGUGACUCAGAUUUCUUCCAUCUUUUGCUGUUUAGAAGGAAUUUUUGGCUUCUAUAUUUUUUCGAUUCUGGCUUCUGCUCUUAGGAGCGAGAAAUAGGAAAGUGAAUUCAAAGAUAUGAGAUCGGGUGGAGGAGGAGUAGAAUAUGAAUCCGCCGGUUUGGGAAUGUCUACGAGUUAUGCUGCAACGUGUGCUUCUUUAACCUCAAUUCCUAUUCAUUCCUCCAACCUUGGUUUUAAGUUGUUGAAAAAGUAUGGCUGGAGAGAAGGAACUGGACUUGGCAUUGCUGAACAGGGCAGAUUGGAGCCCGUGCCAGUUUAUAUCAAGAAAAAUAAGAGAGGGUUGGGAGCAGAGAAGUCAAAGAAGGCAGCAGAGCACCUUAAAAGUUCCGGGCUUUUCUUGGGGCGGAAGAUUGUAAAAGAUGGGGAGAAAGAAAAAGCGUCUCAUGUACAGAAAACAAAGGGAAUCUCUAAAAAGAUGAAGAAAGUAUUCGAGUUUGAGAACCGCAUGCAAGAAAAAGAAUUUGAGCGAGCAAUUUUUAGGGAGUUCUGGCCAGAUAAUGUUUAGUUCGUCCCCUGGUCUAAUGAACAAAACUCAACUACGCUUUAGAAUAUAAAUGUACAUUUGCAUG